AAUUCCACACCUGUUUGUGGAUAUAUUUCAACAACCAAGAAGACAUUUGAUACAAACCAUGUUCAUUUACAUAUCCCACUUCUGACCACUCCACUUAACUCCCAUCAAUUUAUUUGUAUUCCCAAUAUUACCCAGUUACCUUUUUCAUUUACUUUUCUCUAACAAUUCUUCAUCUUUCAUUCAGAAAAGCAACUUUUUUGUAAUAAAAAUGAACUUGAUCCAAGUUGUUUGACAAAGUGACAAAAGCUCUCACACUUGGGUUGUUUCCCUUUCUUGGCCUUUUCUUGAUCAUGCAGAGCCAAACAAGGUAACUUCAAGAAUUAUUAUUCAUUCUCCUGUGACAUACUUUCUUCUCCCAUGUUAACCUCUGGUUUUUGAUAGCCUCAUCAACCAAUUUGUUUUUUUACUGAGAGUUGUGGUAUCCUGUGAACAGUAGUUGUCUUGUACUGAAAUAUAAUACAUGUUUAGAAGUUUGAGUAUUCAUUUCUUGACAUUGUAAUGGUCCAUGAGGCUGGUAGUUGUGGAUGUAGUUAUAUACUGCCAUGUUAGAUGUUGCCAUAAUAAAGGCAGUAUAUGAUAUCUCUCUGUGUUACUUUGUGUGUGUUUAUAAUUUGUUUAGCAGAAAGUUGUAGUGAAGGAUUAAGACAGAAAAAAAAAGGUGGUUUGGGUAGGUGGAACUGUGGAAGGGUUUUGAAGCAGGUUCCAAUGGGUGUCAGUUGUUUGUGUUUGAUUCUGGUGGUGACAUUAUUUUUUAGGCAGUCUGUUUGUCAACAGCCAAAUACAGAUGGGUAUUUUGUCUCCCAAUUCUUGAAAGAUAUGGGAGUAAAAACAUCUCAAGUUCACAACUUUUCUAAUCCAGUAUGUUCAUGGCAAGGUGUAUUUUGCAGUAACCAAGAAAAUGUUGUUAAGUUUGUGGCUUCUGGUUUGGGUCUAUCAGGUUUAGUUUCUGAUAAUACUAUUGGCAAGCUCAGAAAUCUUCAAUCUUUGGAUCUCAGCAGAAACAAAAUCACUGGCUUGCCUUCUGAUUUCUGGAGUCUAGGGUCACUCAAGAUACUUAAUCUUUCGUAUAACCAAAUCUCAGGGAGCCUAUCUAGCAACAUUGGCAAUUUCGGUGUGCUUGAAAGCAUGGACCUUUCUUUCAAUAAUUUUUCGGGGAAUGUACCUGAAUCUAUCAGCUCCCUUGCUAAUUUGCAAGUUCUGAAACUUCAACAUAACGGGUUUGAGUUUGUCAUUCCGCGGGGAAUUAUAAAUUGCAAGUCCCUAGUUUCCAUGGAUUUUUCAAGAAAUCAGCUGAAUGGCACUCUCCCUAAAGGUUUUGCUGCUGCAUUUCCUAAGCUCAUUUCCUCAAACCUUGCUGGCAAUGAGAUCCAUGGACGCAGUUCAGAUUUGUCAGGAAUGGUAUCUGUCACAUUUCUUAACAUUUCAAGUAAUCUUUUCCAGGGCUCCAUUGUUGAUGUUUUCAGGGGGCCACUAGAAGUGAUUGAUUUAAGCCACAAUCAGUUCCAAGGUCACAUAUCUCAGGUAAAUUUCAGUUCCAGCUUCAGUUGGUCUCAAUUAGUUUAUCUCGACCUGUCUGAAAAUCAGCUGAGUGGAGCUUUUUCUGAAAAUUUGAAUAAAGCCCAAAAUCUUCAGUACCUAAAUAUUGCAUACAAUAGGUUCUCCAGACAAAAAUUCUUGCAAAUUGACAACUUCCCUAAAUUAGAGUAUUUGAACUUGUCCAAGACUAAUCUAGUAGGCCACAUUCCUGUUGAAAUUUCACUAUUGAGUAAUUUGAGAACUCUUGAUCUUUCCAAAAAUCAUCUCAGUAGUCGAAUUCCUCCUUUGAGUACAAAAAGACUCCAGACCUUUGAUGUCUCGUAUAACAACCUUACUGGAAACAUCCCUUUAUCUAUACUAAAGAAACUGCCUCGGAUGGGGAAGUUUAACUUCUCUUACAAUAAUUUAACUCUUUGUGCUACUCGAUUAUCCACUAAAACCUUGAAAUCAGCUUUCAUUGGGUCGCUGAACAGCUGCCCAAUUGCUGCAAACCCGAGCCUCUUCAAAAGGAAAAGUUCAACACAUAGGGGGCUAAAGCUUGCACUGGUUUUAGCCUUCUCAUUAAUCUGUUUACUCGUGGGGUUGCUAUUUUUCGCCUUUGGUUGCAGAAGAAAAACCAGGAUGUGGGCUGUGAAGCAAUAUUCUUACAAAAAAGAACAAAUUAUAUCAGGCCCAUUCUCGUUCCAGACUGAUUCCACCACUUGGGUAGCUGAUGUUAAACAGGCAACAUCAGUCCCAGUAGUGAUCUUUGAGAAGCCAUUGUUGAACUUUACAUUUGCAGACCUCUUGUCUGCAACUUCAAACUUCGAUAGAGGCACCUUGUUGGCUGAAGGGAGAUUCGGGCCUGUUUAUAGAGGUUUUUUACAAGGUGGAAUUCACGUAGCAGUAAAAGUGUUGGUCCACGGAUCUACAAUGACAGAUCAUGAAGCUGCAAGAGAGCUUGAAUAUCUUGGUAGAAUCAAGCACCCUAAUCUUGUUCCACUGACUGGAUACUGCUUAGCCGGUGAACAAAGGAUUGCUAUUUAUGAUUAUAUGGAGAAUGGAAACUUGCAAAAUUUGCUUCAUGACCUGCCACUUGGGCUUCAAACUAUAGAAGAUUGGAGUACAGACACAUGGGAAGAAGAUAAUAAUGGGAUUCAAAAUGUCGGGUCUGAAGGUUUGUUAACAACAUGGAGAUUCAGAUACAAGAUUGCACUUGGCACUGCCAGAGCAUUGGCAUUUCUUCACCACGGGUGCUCUCCUCCUAUAAUUCACAUAGAUGUUAAAUCUAGCAGUGUUUAUCUUGAUAUGAACUUAGAACCAAGAUUGUCUGAUUUUGGAUUGGCAAAGAUAUUCGGGCACAGUAUUGAGGAUGAGAUUGCUCGUGGGACACCAGGUUAUGUGCCACCUGAGUUUCUUUUGCCAGAAAGUGGCUCACCUAAAGGAGCAACACCAUACUCUGAUGUUUAUGGAUUUGGGAUUGUUCUCUUUGAGUUAGUUACAGGGAAAAAACCAGCUGAAGAUGCUUAUGAAGAUAAAGAAACAACUUUGGUUAGUUGGGUGAGGGGAUUAGUUAGGAAAAACGAGGGUUCAAGAGCCAUUGACCCCAAAAUUCGUGGAACUGGACCCAAGUCUCAGUUUGUUGAGGCCUUAAAGAUCGGAUAUUUAUGCACUGCUGAUCAUCCCUCUAAGCGGCCAAGCAUGCAGCAAGUCGUAGGACUUCUAAAGGAUAUCGAACCAUCUAUGAACUAGUGACAGAAUUCCAGUUUCAUUUCCUAGCAAUGUAAAUUGUUUUGUUGUUUGGUUUCACGAGUCCUUCAUGCAUGCUCUGCAUUCAGGUGAUUUUUACAGUAGUUAUUUGAUUUUAUAUAUUGGAAUCCGCCAACUUUGGACUAA